UCCUUUCUGCAUUCACUUAAAAAAACAAGCUAAAGCUACUCCCAUCAUGUCUUGCUGUGGAACUUGCCUACAUGACUGCUGCUGCAGCGUCCCCACUGGUCCAGCCACAACCAUUUGCUCUUCAGACAAAUGCUGCCGAUGUGGAGUCUGCCUGCCCAGCACCUGCCCCCAUGAGAUCAGCCUUCUCCAGCCCAUCUGCUGUGACUGCUGCCCUCCUCCUUGCUGCAUGCCUGAUCCCUAUGUGGCAUCUUGCUACCUGCUGAACUCCUGCCAUCCCAGACCUGGACUGUGUGGAAUCAACCUGACCACCUACACUCAGCCUGGCUGUGAGCAGGAGCGAGUGUGCGAACCAUGCUGCUAAUCUAAGACUCCUCUCUCCAGUGACAUGGUUGUCUGGGCCCCAAAGUAUUCCCUGCCUUCUGACAGUACCCUCUGCCUGCUUCCUGUGAAAGGAUUUGUGAAGAAUCAGCUUUCAAAUCCUUGGACAAUAUUUCCGUGAAACUGUCCAAUUUCUUUACUUCACAGAGUAUCUAUCCAUCCUUCCACAUUCAAGGGAGGUUGGGAGAUCUGUCUCUCUCUAAUGCUAUCUUACUGCUUUGGGGUGGUAUAUGAACAAAAUUCUUCUGUUUAUGGGCUAAUAAACUUCAAC